AUGGUGACGGACUGCCUGCAAGACGAUUUUCGCAGCUUUUUGGAUCCUCGCGAGUACCGGCCGUUGGGAAAGCGAGGUGCGGGUGCCGGCCACGCGCGGUACUCCGACCUGCGGCUUCCUGGGCGGUGGCCUGGCUUCACCUUCCUGCACCACGACCCAUCGCGCAAGCGACAGGCGGGACACCAUCGGUAUGACAUGAUGUUAGAUGGGUUGCCCAGAUGCCUUUGUGAAAGUUGA